UCGCUCGCAGCCAUCGGAUCUAUUUUUGGCCGCACCGAGCGGGGGACGGGCCGAGCGGGCAUCACGCGGACCCAUCCGUGCCAUGAUCCAUCCACCCAUCCCAGAGCACAUCGCAUCGCUGGCAGCAGCAGUGGCGACGGAGCGCGGCACAGCUCCGUACGCAAGCCAAUACAGACGACCCGAUCUCUCGGACUCUUCUUCUUCUUCUACUCUAACUAGCACUCCUAUUUGUAAGUCGACAGCGUCCGCCGUCUCCGCCGCCACGGCCCUUGACAUCAGCCGAGCCAGCCCGGCGCGGGGCCGGGACCUCGUAUCGUCUUCCAGAAAGGCGAUGGCGCGGCGAUCGGGAGGACGGGAUUGGGUGGAGGCAGGGCGGGCGCUCGAAAGGGGAAUACGAGAUGGUCUGUGGGCCGGCUAGAGUAGUUUGUCCUCGGCUGCACUACUGACGUCGGCCUGCGCGAGAGCUGAGAGCUCACGG